ACCCCUGAUGACGUAGGAGGUUAAAGUUCCAACCCGCGACAUCAACAUCUCGGAGCGAUCAUGCUGUCAAGAGCAGCAUGAAGGAAGCCUAAACAGUAUCGUAGUGUUUCUGAUUAUUUGACGAAGAGUGUAAGAAGAGAAAUGCAAGUCACUUCUGUUUGACUGUGGACUGGGAUAUAAGAGGAAUCAUCGGUUAGAGCAGCGAUCACAGAUUUGACAUUUUACAAACCGAGCAUGGCAGGAGUAUUCGACAUCGACCUGGAGACCGAGGAUGUCAGUGAUACAGAGGAUGAUGUCUGUGACUUCACCGUAGCAGAACCAGAGAAUGUUCAAACAGAGGAGGUGGAGUUAACCAGCGAAAGUGUCAACAGAGACAGUGAGAGAGUCGGACCUGACUGCUUUGAGCUGCUCACUGUGCUGGGAAAAGGAGCUUAUGGCAAGGUUUUCCAGGUGAGGAAGGUCCAAGGGCCUCAGACGGGGAAGAUAUUUGCCAUGAAGGUCCUGAAAAAGGCUAAGAUAGUGUGCAAUGCUAAAGACACGGCACAUACGCGAGCAGAGCGGGAGAUUCUGGAGACGGUGAGACACCCAUUCCUCGUGGAUCUGCUCUACGCCUUCCAGACUGGAGGGAAACUUUACCUUAUAUUGGAGUGUCUGAUCGGAGGGGAACUAUUCAUGCAGCUUGAGAAAGAAGGCAUCUUCAUGGAGGACACUGCAUGCUUCUACCUCGGAGAGAUCACACUGGCCCUCGGCCACCUCCAUUCCAAUGGGAUUAUUUACCGGGACCUCAAACCUGAAAACAUCAUGCUCAAUCACCAAGGACACAUCAAGCUGACAGACUUUGGCCUCUGUAAGGAAUCGAUUCAUGAUGGAACCGUCACUCACACCUUCUGUGGCACCAUAGAGUACAUGGCUCCAGAGAUCCUGACCAGGUCGGGUCACAACCGAGCAGUGGACUGGUGGAGUCUGGGGGCCCUGAUGUAUGAUAUGAUGACCGGAUCACCUCCGUUCACAGGUGAAAACAGGAAGAAGACCAUUGAUAAGAUUUUAAAGUGUAAACUCAACCUGCCGCCAUAUCUGACCAUCGAUGCAAGGGACCUCAUUAAGAAGCUGCUGAAGAAGAAUCCGGCCCAAAGACUUGGCUCCAGUACAGCAGACUGUGCUGAUAUCCAGAAACAUCCGUUCUUCAGACACAUCAGCUGGGACGACCUGCUCGACAAGAGAGUGGAGCCUCCAUACAAACCCCAGCUGCAAUCCGACGAGGAUGUGAGCCAGUUCGACACCAGGUUUACCCGCCAGACACCUGUGGACAGUCCAGAUGAUUCGACACUCAGCCACAGUGCUGAGCUCGCCUUCGCUGGUUUCACCUACGUGGCUCCGUCUGUCCUGGAGAGUCUAAAAGAGGGUUUCUCAUUCGAACCUCGACCUCGACAUAUACGCCGACACAACAGCAGCCCACGCACACCCAUCAGUCCUCUGAAAUUUUCCCCAGCUGGACCCUUCAAGUCGAGCAUGGAUGGAGAGCCAGACCUUUUCUCUCCAACCUCUCCCCCAACAGUUCCAGUUCGUACUCCUCUGGAAAACGGAACCGCCAGCCAGCCUAUCAGGACGCCUGCGCGGAACAAGAAGCAGAAGGGAAAUCGCAGAUGAAGAGAUGAACAUUUUAUGGGUGACAGUGAGUGUUGAGGCACAGACCUGGAGGGCUUAGUUGUUUUGUUUUUUUUGCAAGUAUCAUGCUUGUGUGAAGUGGUUCGACAUAUUCAGUUUUACUCUAUCUUAACCACUUAUUCACUGGAUCAACCUGGAGUUGUUGGGCUUUAACUUUGUGGUUACAGAUCUUUAUUUUUUUUACAAAUCCUUGCAGGUCAUUUCAAAUCAUAAAGCUUUAAUUUAUAUCUUCCAUACGUCUGUACUUGAGAUUCACAUGAGGGAUCUAAUGCUACUUUGCAACAUAACUGAAAAUGGGUACACAUAAGGGACGACUCAAAUGGAUGGGAUGAAAAGUCAACAUCAGUACCCUUUGUGAAACAACAGAGCGCGCUAUCUGCCUUUGACUUCUUCUAGAUUAAGGUUUACAGUCGUGGCAGCGGCAGCAGGUGGAGAUUUUGCACCACCAGAGAUUUCCACACAUGCAUUCACCAAAAGAUAUUGCCAAACUUUUUAUGCGUUUAAAUUUUUUAUCCAUAAAAUAUUGCUGUCAGCUAACGAUAAACUAGUGGACGAUCUCUCAUUCUUCUGCUCCUCACAUGUUAUGUUUGGCAAGUAGCUUGUCCACAUCUGCUUUACAGGGAACAGAGAGAAAAAUAGAAACUUAACAGACAACAUCACAACUUUUACUGAUGAUUGUUGUUCUAGCUGUUUCCAUUCACUCCUCUUACUUGAUGAUGGAGCGUACCUUUUGUGUUCUUUCAACAUAAAGAAAGUUAAAGUAAUUAUGAGGCGAUCUCUCCCUCUGAAGCUUGAGCAUUAACUCGGUUUUUACACCCUAAAAAAAUGUCUCUCGUGUAUCCAGCUCUGUGAAUCCAGUGUACCAUUGGUCACACUGCUGCAGAAAGGUAUGAGAACAUAAGACUUGUAUGAUAAUGUUUUCUUUAAAUAGCACUUGAAAGAGGGCAAAGAAAGCACUGAUUCUACUCCACUUACUUUCCUGAACGUCUCUGCUUAGUGAAGGUCAGGAAAGUGAUUGAUUGAUCAGUAGCAGUGUUUCAUUUUGUACGAACAUGCUAAGACAAUUACAGCCAAAGGGAAACUGUGAUAUAGAGCUUUUUUAGGUUCAUUAGUUCAUCAGGUUUUAAUUAGUUCAGCAGAGAGGUCGCCUAUCACAGUCUGGCGUUUUAAUUAGAGAACUGAUGAAGGAUGGCUUGAUUGAGGUUUUGGGUUUCUUUUCUAUUAAGGUUGAAGUGUUGAACUGACCUUCAUCUAGGUUAGAAGAAACCUCCAACUACACACAUGUAAAGAAGGAUUCUUAAACCAUGGCUCUGUUAUUACAUAUUCCAGGGUUGGAAUACUGGAGAGGUACUAAAGGAUUUGUUGUUUUGACAGAAGAUUGUUUCAGAUGGCGGCCACAGGAGGCUGCAAUGGCGACGUUGUAAUCCCUGAAGACAGUUUUUCCACUAAAAGUCAGGUUUUUAGUCUUGGACACCAUCAUUACAAUUAUGGUAUCUGCUGAAUGAAAUGCUAUAGGCACACGAAAGAUAAUUUAUUCCUAAAUAUCAGAUCAUGCUCUGAUUUCAGCUGUACGUCACUGUUUCUAUGAAUACAAGUCUUUACAUAUACUGCCAAAGCUUAAACGCAUCGUAUCCUCACAUACUCCAAAAGGAACAACCAUGUUUUAUUUUAAAUAGCACUUCAUAGAGAUGCUAGAAUGUGUAUUAAGGUAUGUUAAUUAGGAGUAAAAAAAAGCCACUGUUAAAUAAUGAGAAUGGGACCAUUUGUUCAAAAAAACAAACAAAAAAAAAGCAUUAAAUUAGUACGUCACUGGCUGUAUAUAAAGUUGGGUAACGAGCCUCCACAGCCUGUUGCAAAAGUGAUGCCAAAAUCCCCCCUGGAGCCAGAGUCUGUGCAGUGCAGUACAGCUGAUGGAGCCAGGGCAUUGACGCUCUGUUCCCUCCUCCCUGUCAAAUUCAUAUUGCAAUAGCAUGAUGAGAACUAACUAUAAUGGCAGAGGGCAUGAUGAGGAAAAAUGUUUGACCCUGUGUCUUCAAUUUCCAGUUGACCCAUGUCCCAUCUGUCCCAUCUAACAUGGUGGAGGCUGGCUCUUUAACCUAUUCUGCAACCAGUCACCAGGGGGAGCUCUAAAUGCCUUGGCUUCACAUCAUCCAUCUCUUUAUAAAGCCUGUGACUAAAAUGUACAGUCAAAGCAAGAUGCUCAAAGUGGUGCUUUCUGAAAACAAAUUGUAAUCUUUUAUAAAAUAAAAAAAAAGUAUUUUGGUUACAGAAAAAAAACUAUUUUUGACACAAAAAAAGGUUGAAUAGUAUUCAAACAAAUAAUUAAGGACUAGAUAUUGAGCAGUGUUUGCCUGGCACUGCCUAGCAUAAGACUAGACUCUGGGCUGAACCACUCAGGCAAACACCUGUUCAAUGCUUCACUGUAUUAUGAAAAUGCUAUGAGGUUAACUUUAUGCCAAAAUUCUUUCAGUAUUUUGUUUUUGUUUUUUGCUUAGAUAAAUGUCUCAUAGGUGUAGUGAAAUUAAACUUUACACUGGCUCAGUGUGUCAGUAAAUACUGGCCCUGUCAUCAUAUGUUGUAUUACAGAAUAAUAUAAAAAAAAAAAAAAGAAGCAAAACAAGCAUGACUUUUUCAUACUUAGACACAAGGAACUCUUCAAGGCAGCAGAGACAAAAUUAUCAAGAGCAAGAGUGUAAUGUUACAAAUUGAUUCAGUGCAUAAAAAAUGGACAAUUGCUAGUUGUUUAAUUAUGAUAUGAAUUGUACAGCUUUCAAUCAAUGCAUCCAACCCAGUCAUGUAUAUAUGUAUAUAUGAGGUAACAGAGAAGAGGAAGUAUUGCAAAAACAAAUUGAUGUAAAUAACAUGGCUGAAGAAGUUGUCUUUCAAUUUGUUUUCAUAAUCCUCCUUCAAUUUUUGAAUCUCUUGCCUGUCUGUCAUGAACUGAAAUGGAGAAUUAAGAAUGUUUUUGACAAAUAUCACAAAAACAAUAUCAGUAAUCAUAUGAAUAUAUGCAGACAAAAUACUUUAAACCCUAGAUUGCUGUUGGGCUAGCGGUUUAACGCGCACCCUGUGUACAGAGUCAAUAGCUUUCAUCAUGGAACUCAUUGCUUUGCUGUGUGUCUUCCCCUUCUCUCUGCUCCCCAUGUUUCCUGUCUCCCUUCUGCUCUCCUGCCCAUUGAUAAAUAACUUAAAAGAAUAAAUAAAUAAGGAGCACGUAAGUGCUGCUUCAGAUAAUAUUGCCAAAUGGUCUUUCUGACAGCAAAGUAAAGCACCGAAAUGUUCCAAAUAGGGAUUGCACCUACACGAGAACAGUGCUUUAGUUGUAGUUUGUUAAAAUGAUGUGGUAGAGUUGACACCAUCCUAAGUGGAUGAUAGCCUAGCUUCAGCUCUGGAUCUUCGGCCUCUUUCUCACCACGAGCUGAGUUCACUGGCAUCCCCUGUGGCUAUUACAUUUACAACUGACAAGUACCUCAUAAAACCACACUUUAAAAAAAGGGAGCGAAGAGGUACUGUCUUGUCCUCUAAGGUGACAGAUUACCACCCCAAAGGCAAGUUUAGUUCCAGCAGAGCAGAAUGAGGGACACAUAUUUAGAAAAGUGAUGUUUUCUGAGUUUUUAAUGUUAGCAUCCUUACAUCUUUAAUUUUUAACAUUCUAGAGUACACGCAUAAACAUUGUUAUUGUUGACACGAGCUCUUAGCUGUGUUGAGUGUCAACACGUUGAGCUGCUAGCAUGACUAUGAAUGCCUGUUCAAUUAAAUCACCAACUGAUGGAAGGAAAAAAAAAACACUUGAAUAAGGAAUCAAGCAAAAACAAACAAACAAAAAAUAUUAAAAUGUAGCCGAGCAUUAUCCAUUUGACUUUUAUUGGUUCUGCAGAUAAUUUUGUCAAACUGUAUUUUGUCUGUAUUUAUUCAUCUCCAACAUUACUCUUUAAAUAUUAGACACAGUGUGUCUCCACAUAAAAAGCUGCCUUUUAUUUUCAAAGAGAAGAUUCCUUGCUGUGUGGAAACAUGUCCGCCAUGUAAAGUCUGCUCCUUCCACCAGCCUUCUUUAUUAACACUGGAUGUGAACAAUCAAGCCUCUUUCUGACUUAGGUUUACAGAAUCUCAUGAACUGUAGAAACAGAGCUCAGUUUUGUAAAUGUGUUUAUAAGAAUAAUAAUAAUUAUGGAGUGAAGGAUAAAGUGCUGGGAAAAAGAUUCCCUACUCCUAAGUUUAACAUAUUUUAAGUUUAAAAAAGUUACAUGGAAUGCAGUUUAUUUUUGUGAUUUCUAAUUUUUUUCUUUGGCUUGUAUUCUUUCUGCUGUAUGAUGAAUGUGUUAUGAAUAAAAAAGUAACAUAUCACUAAA